AUGAGCACCGACGGGAGUCUCAACCCGGAGUCGGACAGCUUCGACUCGCAUCCGCCCUUCUACAUAGGCCAGCACAGCUCGACCCGCUCCGAGACACUUACAGAUACCCAGCAUAGCCAGGUUCUCGACCGCGGUUUCAACUUUGUCACAAGCCCAAUCACAAACCGCCACUUUUUUGAGCGUGUCGUAGCCUUGUACAAAGCCCAUCUCACAGAAAAGGAGCUGUGGAGCCGUUCACACACCACGGCCAAACCAAACCCGUCCUUGCCAGGCCCCGUUGUGCCAACUCUCACAGACGAGGACACGUCGUACUUCCCCUGCAGCUAUGUUGGCAGCAUUGUCGCAUACUCGAGUCCGUGGACCGACCUGUGCUCGUCUAACCCCGAUAUCUCGAGCAUUUCGCGCCAGGUGCUGAACAUCGAGGUGGCAUAUGCCAAUUUCUGCGGCGCCAGGAGCAUCAUAAUCCCCGGUCCUCGGCGGGAUGGCAGUGGCGGCGGCGUUGCCCUGUAUGCCCGUGCGAUCCAGGAGGCCCUGCAGGCCGCCGGCAGGACCAAUCUCAUCAUCCACAUGCCCAUGUACCGAGAACCUGGACUGGAGGAGAAGGCGGAAACGCUCACAUCGCUCUUCAAGGAGUCUAACGGACCAGAAGACGUUAACGCGGGCGAGAUCGACCUGUUCAGUGCUUGGGACUCUUGGAAUACCAUAAGACUGGUGUGCAACUACUCGACCCGGUUAUUUUACAUAGCUGUUCGCAUACCUCGGCGGUUGCCCGAGAAGGAACUUCAAGAGCGCUGGUUCGCAGAGCCGCUGCAUUAUUUGACAAUUGCGCAAAAGACGUUUCAGGAAAACCGAAACAGGCACCCGUCGCUGAGCAGACACCACCAAGAACUCAUCAAUCACUACAUGCGGCUCAAGAACGCUCCCUGGUUUAUCCUCAACGACGUUGGUCCCGCCAUAGAGAGCUUGGAAGAGUCUGCGGAUAAGAUGGUGACGGAUUUCCCGACCCUAACAGAGGCCAACCAGACCCUCAAGGAGUCUCGCAAGUCUCAAAUGCCAAACUUAAACGUCUUCGUGGCAUACCUCAGACACCUCGAGCGACAGCAGCCACCGUUCUCCAUCCUCGAGACGCCGACCCUGACAAGCUUCCAGGACUGGCUUCAGUCACCCCUGCAGCCGCUGUCGGACAACCUCGAGUCGGCAACAUACGAGAUGUUUGAGGGAGAUCCCGUCAAGUACGACCAGUACGAGCUGGCCAUCACCGAGGCCAUGGCGGAGUGGAAGGUCCUCAAGAAGCCCUCUGCCAUCGGGGCAGUUGACGCCAACGGCAACCCAGAGCUCGUCGUCGCGGUUGCCGGCGCCGGCCGAGGGCCCCUCGUCACCCGCGUGCUGCGGGCUGCCAAGAAGACUGGCACGUCGAUCCAGCUGUGGGCCGUCGAGAAGAACCAGAACGCCUACGUCUACCUCCUGAGACAGAACAAGCGGGUGUGGGACAACCAGGUAACCGUCGUCAAGACCGACAUGCGCGGAUGGGAGGGUCCGCAGCCCAAGGGGUACACGAACGUGCGGUGCAAGGUGGACAUCCUCGUGACGGAGCUGCUGGGGUCCUUUGGCGACAACGAGCUGUCGCCCGAGUGCCUCGACGGCAUCCAGGGGCACCUGGCCCAGCCGCACGGCAUCUCCAUCCCGCAGUCGUACACGGCGCACCUGAGCCCGAUCUCGACGCCGCGCAUCUUCGCCGACCUCAAGACGCGGACUGGCGGCGGCGACGCCAACGCCUUCGAGACGCCGUGGGUGGUGCGGCUGUUCGCCAUGGACUUUGUGGCGCAAAAGGUGCCCGGCCACGGGCGCUUCCAGCAGGCCUGGGAGUUUGUUCACCCGGUUGACGUGCUGCGGGCUGAUGAGUUCGCCGACGAGAACGGUGUCUCAGCCAAGUUCGCCACGGCUGGCGGCGGCAGCAUCGCCGGGUCGAGCGGCACAAACGACCACAACGCCCGCCACUGCCACCUGACGUUUGUGUGCCGCACGCGCGGCGUCAUCCACGGCCUGGCCGGCUUCUUCGAGUCGGUCCUGUACGCGCCCCAGAUCCCCGGCAAGCAGCCCGUCGAGAUCAGCAUCCUGCCUGACCAGAUCGACCGCAAGAGCAAGGACAUGAUCUCGUGGUUCCCCAUCUUCUUCCCGCUCAAGACCCCGCUGGAAUUCCCCCAGGAUACCGAGCUGGAGGUUAGCAUGUGGCGGCAGACGGACGACACCAAGGUCUGGUACGAGUGGAUGGUCGAGGUGUUUGCAUGGGCCGGGCCAAAAACCCGCAUGAAGUUCGGAACUACGGAGCUUCACAGCAGCCGCAAGAUUGCUUGUUUGAUGUAA